AUGGCGGACGAGCAAUUCGUCGAGGCCUUUAUGAAUGAAGUGGUGAGCACAUUCGGUCGUCUCGAUUAUGCAGUGAACUGCGUCGGGAUACUUGGGGACUCGGGUCGAUCAACAGAAACCAGCACGGAGGUCUUUGACCGGAUUACCAAUAUUAAUUACAGGGGUUGUUGGCUGUCAUCCAGAGCACAGUUGAAGCAGAUGCUCAAACAAGAUCCUCUACCGAGCCAUGAUCCGGGCCGUGAGCCGCAACGGGGGAGUAUUGUCAAUAUCGCCAGUCAGCUGGGGAUUGUCUCACGUCCUGGAGCUCCAGCAUACUGCGCCUCCAAAGCCGCCAUUAUCGGCAUGACUCGAGCCGAUGCAAUAGAUUAUUCUGCGGACGGCAUCCGCGUGAAUUGUGUCUGUCCGGGGGUCAUUGAGACCCCGAUGACAACUGGAAACGAGGAGGUACGUGCGCGGCUACAGCCUGCCGUGGAUAUUGCGCCGAUGAAACGGAUGGGCAAGCCAGAAGAGGUGGCAGAUGCGGUUCUCUUUUUAUGUUCGACGUUUGCCUCCUUCGUGCAGGGCCAUGCUAUGGUUGUUGAUGGUGGCUAUGUUAUCAACUAG